AUGCAGCGAAUGAUUGAGAAAAGUCUUCGACAGCAGCAGUGUGAGCAAGAAAAACAACGGAAUGCUGUUAAUCAGCGGCGAAGAGGAAUGCUGGAAAAGAUGCCAAGUGUCGUCAGUGACGAAUCUAGGGAAACGGAUGAUUAUACAAGAUAUAACUACGAAUUGGGCUGGGCAAAUAGCAAAGCUUUUAUCAAGCAAUUAGCAAAAGAUAAUACCGACCCCUCCCUCCUCAACGAGGAACUUCAACGACACGCUGAAAACCGACGACGUCGAAGUUGGCGCGCAAAAUGUCUUGGUCGCUUUCGCAGUAACAUUGCUCAAAUCCUACUCUGCAUACUUGUUCUCAUCGACUCAGGAAUUGUUAUUACAGAAAUUAUUUUGGAAAUUCGUUCCAUUCAAAAUUAUAAACAGUUUUUUGACAUUCAUGCUCAACGUCUAAAUUACAUUAUGGCCAAACAGAACUCUCAAUGGACAGGAUCGUGGUGCUUACCGACUGAAGUUGUACGAGAAAGUGAACUCAACAUAACCACUAAGAAACGUCUUUAUAUGAAACAGACUCAUCACACCAUCAUUCAACAUGGCAGCACGAUCAUGUCAGAUGAAAAUCGAUUAGCAGUCCUUGAGGACUUUUUUGAAUGCUGGAGGACCUAUGUAGACGAUGCCGAACAGACAAGACUAGAUGUAACUGUUGCAGCAGCUAUCACCCAUGCUGAAAAUUCCAACUGUUGUGAUUCAGAUUUACGGCAGCGAUGCAUCAACUUGAAUAACUCCAAGAUUCAGGAGCCUGAGACAUCGGAAGGGAAUCUAACAAAUCCAGCAACUCUGCAUAGGGCCUCCGAAGCCAUGCAUUAUAUUAGCAUUGGCGUCACAGGACUUUUCAUUGUCACAACUGUGCUGAAGAUUGUCUGCCUUGGGAGAAAGUUCUUUUCAAACGUUUAUGAGGUUAUAGAUGCUCUAGUCAUUCUCACCUCAUUCAUUUCGGAUAUUUCCUACAUUAAACUCGACUCGCAAGAAAUAGCAGCUAUGGUUCUCCUUCUGCUUUGGCGAAUCGUUCGUCUAAUUAACGCAAUGUUAAUGUAUGAAAGACAGAGAUGUGAAUUCCGGGUGGUUUUACAGAAACGUGCCCGACGACUGCAGGAAAGGAAGGUGGACAAUCUUCAACGGACCAAGGAACUCCAAGAAAAACAUAUCACUAAUCUUGAGGAAUUGGCGCGAAAUAUUGGCUGUUCGGAAGAAACCCUAAGAGACUGCAAACCACGAUAUGUGUACCACUCAAAGGAACAGACCCAAAAUGCUUUGAAAUCAAUAGCUGCAUUAACAACUGGUUUCAUGGGGGGUCUUGUUGGUGCCCCUUUCACUCAAAAGGACUCCAUUGCUCGUUUCGCUACCAAUAGUCUGCCAACUGCAAAUCCUAACCAGGCAAGUCUUUUCUGUCCUACAUGCAUACCAAUGAUCUGUAAACACAAAGAAAGAGCAUGA